CACCCACCACCGGGCCGGCCACCGCGCGCCAUAUAUACCCGCGCUGCGGCCUUAUCCCGCCUCUCGAUCUAUCCAUCCAUCCAUCCAUCCAUCCAUCAUCGGCUGACGAAAGCGAAGGGGAGGGGCUUCCGGGCAAGUCGCUGUUUCUUCGUCGUCUUCGUGGCACAAGGGGCUCGCUUAUCGCCCUCGAGAAGACGGCGAUCGAGGAAAGGGAACGGCGAAGCUCUGGCCCGGUGCUCCAGUACACUCGCAGUCGGCGUGAUAUACGGAGACUAAUAAGGCUUGAGGCCUAGCUCGAAAACAAGCUACCACAGUGAGGUUUGUUCGACAUCUAGCAGAAUAAUAACUUGGAUCAGAAGAAAAAGGAGAUGGACGCUUUCACUCAUGUUCCUCCAGGCUUUCGUUUCCACCCUACCGAUGAGGAACUCGUUGAUUACUACCUUAGGAAAAAGGUAGCACUGAGGAAGAUAGACUUGGAUGUCAUAAAAGAUGUGGAUCUGUACAAAAUUGAACCUUGGGAUCUACAAGAAAAAUGCAAGAUUGGAAACGAAGAGCAGAACGAGUGGUACUUCUUCAGUCACAAGGACAAGAAAUACCCUACAGGCACUCGCACCAACAGAGCAACGACGGCCGGUUUCUGGAAGGCCACCGGAAGGGACAAGCCGAUCUAUGUGAAGAACUGUCUCGUAGGGAUGAGGAAGACACUGGUUUUCUACAAGGGCCGGGCGCCCAACGGACAGAAAUCAGACUGGAUCAUGCACGAGUAUCGCCUGGAGACCAACGAAAAUGGAUUUCCACAUGAGGAAGGAUGGGUGGUCUGCAGGGUGUUCAGGAAGCGACUCGCCACCGUCCAAAGAAUGGCAGGGGACUCACCAUACUGGUUCAGCGACCACGCCGGGUUCAUGGCGCCGGAGCUGCUCGGCUCACCGAGGCAGGCGGCGCAUCACCAGCAGACCACUGCUGCGAUGUACCACAGGCCUCAGAGCAGCAGCAGCAGCAGCUACCACCCUUGCAAGGUGGAGCUGGAGUACCACCACCUCCUCCCCCAGGAGCACUUCCUGCAGCAGCUCCCUCAGCUGGAGAGCCCCAACAAGCUCCCGGACCUCAUCGGCGGCCAAGUAGCCACCACUCUCCAACCAUGCAGCCUUGCAGAGGAGCACGGCGCCCCUCGCUACACCGUGCCGGAGCUUCAUGCCGAGCCGAUCUUUCUGCCGGCUGGGGACGCAUCGGGCACGGAUUGGAGGGCUCUCGACAAGUUCGUGGCGUCUCAGUUCAUCAGCCACGGUGACACUGACACCCCCCCCAAGCAGGGAUCCGGUUACUCCGAUCCGGCGGUGCAGGUGUUUGAGCAGGCUGAGGAGAAGGAAGAAGAGGCCUUGGAGUACGUGUCAACGUCGGCCUCCUGCGGAGGGGAUAACGUCUUGUGGAAAUAACAGGGCAAAUGGUAUG